AUGCGGCUCAUGCUGGGCUUUCAGUGCUGUAUGUAUAUUUUCAUUCCCUUUAAGCAGCUUCUUGCGUCCUUUAAGCGUCACGUACGUCAGCCCUUGCUUAAAUUGGCAAAAAAACAUUAUUCGACUCGUAUAGCAAACGUCGAUAGCUACUAUACCUACAGGUCGCAAGCACUCACCUCGUAUAUUUUGGGAGAAACGCUCGGACACGUCAAUUUUGAUUUCUUGGGGCACGUCUUUUCAUCUAUAACGGUACAAUACAUGGUGAUCCAAAAAGAUAUAGCGUUACACUUUAGAUUUUUAAAUGGAGAGCCCCAUUUUUGGGGCAGUACGACGCUUUUGGACACCCAUUUCCCAAAUCAGUGGAUCGGCAGACGAGUGGCCGUUGAGAUCACCGGUCUCAAGUUCUUUAGAUUAGUUUUUUUGGGGACAUUUGAAAGUUAA